GUAGGAACUCGUCAGCGGUGGCGUGUGUGUCACAGGGACCUUUAUUAUCAACACACUUACAGGUUGUUUAUGCCGGAAGUGCCGCGCAGUUUGGAUUCAGAACGUUUCGCCGACUGAAAACGCUGUAAAACUCUGGCGUAAAUGUAAACAAACAUGUUUUUCUGUAACUUUGGUGACGUGUAGCAGGAUGUUGGUCGGCUACAGCAGCAGUUCAGGUGAAGACAGCGACGUAGAGCUGAACCUAAGUGAUCCUCGAAAACCGGGUCAGGAGAAAGAGGAUGACGAUGUUAGCGAUGGCUGCUGCUCCGCCAGGAAGAGAGCCAGAACCGAAGAUGAGCGGGUUAUUAAGACAAGACUGCCUGUCCCCGGCUGCCUGCUGACCAUGUUUCCAGAUGAAGUGGAGCCACAGAAUGAAGACAGCUCUUUUCACGGCGGACGCCUCCGCUCGUUCAAACACGAGAGAGGAAACUGGGCCACCUACGUUUAUUUGUCAUACCAUCCUGAGGAGGAGUUUAUGGAGCUGCUGCAGGAGCUGCUCUCAACUGCAGGAGCCAGCGGUGUGGUUUUGACUCCACAGGAGGAGUUUCACCUCAGCCUGUCCCAGACAGUGGUGCUGAGACACCACUGGAUCCAGCCCUUUACACAGAGCCUCCGCACAGACCUGGCCCACUGUAAAAGGUUUGUUUGCACAGCAAGUAAACUGAAUGUCUAUUGUAACGCUGAGAAGACGAGGACAUUCCUGGGUAUAGAAGUGUGUUCUGGGCACGCUCAGUUGUUGGACCUGGCUCGAGUUGUGGACAGAACGAUGACAGAGUUUCGCCUGGACACUUUCUACAAGGAGCCUUCUUUCCAUGUGAGUCUGGCCUGGUGCGUUGGAGACGUGACAGAGCAGCUGAAGGAGUGUGUACAGGAGCUGCAGCGUGUGGUUGACGAACAAGAGGAGGGCCCAUUUGUCCUGAGGCUGGAGGGAAUGGAGCUGCACUGCAAGACGGGAAACAAGACUUUCUGCUUCCCCCUGCAGACGUGACACCAAGUUCAACUUCAGUCAGGAGAACAAACUGUUAAUCUAUCAUCUUUUUGGAUUUUUCCCUCUAUGUCUAACUGAUGCCUGUAAAGGUAAUCCAGACUAAAUAUCAAGAUGUCUGAUGAGGAUAUAAAUGCUUGAGUAUCGAAUGUUGAAUAUUGUUGAAGUGCUGUUUAUUUUUUAGUAAAGAGAGAGGGUCGAGAUGGACAAACACCUCAGAGGCAAAGUCAAAAUAUCUCUGAGGGAAAAAGUGUGUUCACAUAGUUUUUUAUAACCAGUUUGUCACGGCAUUAGUUUGUCUGUGUGUAACACACAAAAAGACGCCUCCAGAACGAAAAAUGUGGCCUCGGGCCUCGCAGUAAUAGUAAAUCAGUGUUUAGCCAUAUGGUCAUAUAAGUCUAAAUGUUGAAACAAGCAAUAGAAUGAAUUUAUUUUAAAUUGCAGUAUCAUAUUGUAUGUUUUUCACUGUAUUAUUUUUAUAUGAAUAAAGUUGCUAUUGAUUUUACACACA